CCUUGUGAACGCGCACAGUAGGGAGUGGAUGGGAGCGCGCAUGCAGGUCUGGUCCUGGUCUCCCCGCUGCCGAGACGGGUUAGACGUUUGCUGAGUCUCCGCCGAUCUGCACUGUGCAGAAGUAGUAAUCAGACAUGAUGUAUAUGUGGAUAUACCUUCUCUGAAAAGGAACCCAUCACCAGAUGAAAUCUGAUCAUGUUUCACAGGUAGUACCCAACAUUGUAAGAUGCCUCCCGCUGUGUCGGACCCCAUGGACAUCUGGGCAGCGGAUGCACAGCUCCCUACAGAUGUUUCUGUGGACAUCCUACUUCCCACUGGGAUUUAUGUACAGAUGGAUGUGCCUCGGGAUGCAUCUAUAUCACAAAUUAAGCAGCUCCUAUGGAUGCAUGCACAAAAUUACCCUCUCUACCAUCUCCUCCUGGAGAUUGACUCUUACAUGUUCGAAUGUGUUAACCAAACUGCUGUCCUCGAAGAGCUGGAAGACGAGACGCGACGGCUUUGCGACGUCCGACCCUUCCUGCCUGUCUUAAAACUCGUAUCCAGGAGCUGCAACCCUGCUGAGAAGCUGGACUCCAAAAUCGGUGUCCUCAUAGGGAAAGGUCUCCAUGAAUUUGAUGCCUUGAACGAUAAUGAGGUGAAAGAAUUCCGAUCCAAGAUGAGAAAGAUCAGUGAGGACAAGGCCCAGUCCUUACUUAGGCUUACUUGGAUGGAAUGGCUGAAGUGCACAUUUCCACCUGAGCUGGAGCCAACUCUUCAGGAGAACAUUCAGGACAAGCUUUAUGGCGGCAACCUUGUUGUGGCCAUCCAUUUCAACAACUGUCAGGAUGUGUUCAGCUUCCAGGUGUCGCCAAAUAUGAUCCCACUAAAGGUAAAUGAGCUGGCUAUUCGGAAACGUCUGACUAUCCAUGGCCAAGAGGAAGAGGAGGUAGAUCCCGAUGACUAUGUUCUGCAGGUCAGCGGGAGGCAGGAAUAUGUGUUUGGUGACCAUCCUUUAAUUCAGUUCCAGUACAUUAAGAAUUGCGUCAUGAACAAGACGCUCCCGCGACUUAUUCUUGUUGAAUGCUGCAAUAUUAAGAAGCUGUUUGAUGAAGAAAUGAGUGCAAUUGAAAUGGCUGUGAAGAGGAAGGCAUCAGGUCCUCCUUUACCUCUGCCACCAAAAACUCGAGGUGCCUCUAUGAUGUCUCAGAAUGUGUGGGAUAUUGUUCAUCCUUACAAAAUCACGUUGAUCAAAGGAAGCAAACUGAGCACAGAAGACAUGGUUGUGGUGCGGGCUGGUCUAUUCCAUGGCACUGAAAUGCUGUGUAAACCCAUGAGUUUGGAAGUACCAGGGAAGAGCGACAGCUCGUGGAAUGCUUCACUGGAGUUUGAAAUCAACGUCUGUGACCUGCCACGGAUGGCUCGCCUCUGCUUGGCCAUCUACACUGUCCUAGAGAAGACCAAGAACAAGAAGGGUAACAAGGCUGUGAACCCCAAGUACCAGACUAUAAAGAAAGCUGGCAAAAUGCACUACCCUCUAGCUUGGGUGAACACCAUGGUGUUUGACUACAAGGGGAAGCUAAAGGCCGGUGAACACAUCUUACAUAGCUGGACAUCAUUUCCUGAUGAACUUGAAGAAAUGUUGAAUCCGAUGGGGACGGUUCGGAACAACCCGUACACUGAGAAUGCCACCUCCCUGCACAUCCAAUUCUAUGAAUACUCCAAAGCCCCUAUUUAUUACCCUCCGUUUGAUAAGAUACUUGAAAAAGCCGCAGAGAUUGCACGGCACAGUGACAGCCUGACCAUGUCGGGACGUGGUGGAAAAAAGUUCAAUAUUGAACUUAAGGAGAUCAUGGAGAGGGACCCACUGUGCCAGCUUUGCGAGAAUGAAAAGGACCUAAUCUGGACUUUGCGGUACGACUGUCGGGAAAACUUCCCCUGCUCACUGCCAAAACUACUGCUGUCUGUCAAGUGGAACAAGCUGGAGGAUGUAGCACAGCUCCAGGCUUUACUGCAAAUCUGGUCUAAGCUUCCCCCGAGAGAUGCCCUGGAGCUGCUCGAUUUCAACUAUCCUGACCAGUAUGUGAGAGAAUACGCAGUCAACUGUCUGAAAAGCAUGAGUGACGAGGAGCUUUCGCAAUAUCUUCUGCAACUUGUACAGGUUCUGAAAUAUGAGCCGUUCCUGGACUGCGCCCUUUCCCGUUUCCUGCUCGAGAGGGCCCUCGCCAACCGGAGGAUCGGGCAGUUCCUCUUCUGGCACCUGAGGUCUGAAGUUCACAUUCCCUCAGUGAUGGUGCAGUUUGGCCCGUUACUGGAAGCGUAUUGCCGCGGCAAUGUGGCUCACAUGAGAGUGCUCUCCAAACAGGUGGAGGCACUGAACAAGCUGCGUACUUUGAACGGUUUGAUCAAGUUGAAUGCCAUGAAGCAGAGUAAGGCGAAGAACAAGGAGACCAUGCAUGCCUGUCUCAAACAGAACGCGUACAAGGAGGCGCUCACAGACAUCCAGUCACCUCUCAACCCCAGCGUAACCCUCUCUGAACUUGUUAUAGAGAAGUGCAAAUACAUGGAUUCCAAAAUGAAACCACUAUGGAUUGUCUACAGCAACAGAGGUUUCGGAGGGGACUCUAUGGGGAUCAUCUUCAAGAAUGGAGACGACCUGCGGCAGGACAUGCUUGCACUCCAGUUAUUGCGCCUUAUGGAUAUGCUUUGGAAAGAGUCAGGGUUGGACCUUAGGAUAGUGCCUUACGGAUGCCUGGCAACAGGAGAUCGCUGCGGUCUGAUUGAGGUUGUUUCGGCAGCAGAGACGAUUGCCGAUAUCCAACUGGACAGCAGCAACCUCGCAGCUGCAGCUGCCUUCAACAAGGAUGCUCUUCUGAACUGGAUAAAGGAGUACAAUUCAGGGGAUGACUUGGAGCGAGCUAUUGAAGAGUUCACCUUGUCCUGCGCUGGCUACUGUGUAGCUACUUAUGUUCUAGGGAUUGGAGACAGACACAAUGACAACAUCAUGGUUAGAAAAACAGGGCAGCUUUUCCACAUAGACUUUGGCCACAUUCUGGGGAACUUCAAAUCCAAAUUUAAAAUUAAGAGAGAGAGAGGUCCUUUCAUUCUCACCUAUGACUUCAUCCAUGUCAUUCAGCAGGGCAAAGCAGGGAACACAGAGAAAUUUGGAAGGUUCCGGCAGUGCUGUGAGGACGCCUACCUGGUUCUUCGCAGAAAUGGGAAUCUUAUCAUCACCCUCUUUGCACUGAUGCUGACAGCUGGCCUUCCAGAGUUGAGCUCUGUUAAAGAUAUCCAGUAUGUUAAGGACUCUCUGGCGCUUGGGAAAACAGAAGAUGACGCACUUAAACAGUUCAGACAGAAGUUUGACGAGGCUCUGAAGGAGAGCUGGACAACCAAAGUUAAUUGGAUGGCCCACACCAUGAGAAAGGAUUAUAAAUCGUAGGGUCAGAUUCAGUGGCUCUAAAUUCGGUGCCAGAGAUAUUUCAAUCUCCUCACCCUCUGGUGACUGUGCCAGUGGUUUCUGAAUACAUUGUAUCACAAAGGUGCACGUACGAUAUUGAGGCUUUAAAUAUGUGACAUCACACUGGGUCAUCAAUGUCCAAGAAGAAGGCAAGGAGCAAGAGACAGAGAGGUCAAAGCACAAAAGAUUUGCACAGUCCACGGACCCAGCUGCCAGCUCUGGACGCUCAAACAUGAUUUUCCUUCUAAGUUCUACAAGAUCGCAAAAAGGGAUGUGACAAUGGUCAGACUGCCACUCAAUCCUCUGCUGAGAAAUAAACUUACUUCCUCUUGGAAAUGUUUUGCACACAUUCUUCUCAGACUUUUUACCCCAACCCAUCUUAGUUUUUCUUUUAUUCUGUGUAUGAAUGAAGCUAUACUGAGUGACUCCACUUCCAAGUGAUACAAGUUCAGAUCUUGAUGAAAGUGUUACGUAUAAUUUUGUUUUGUGUUUUUGUUCCUGAAUUCUUGGUAAGACAUUCAAGCCCUGCACUGCCCUGUAUAUUGUCAUCAGUCUGCAGAUGGGAACCUUACUUGAAGUUCCAGCGUCACUCCAAAGUUAUCCUUUAAAUGAAUUGUCUUCCACCUGCAGCUUAACCUCCCAGAGCUGCGUGUUUCACAUGGAGACCAUUUCGUCUUCAAAGAUCAAUGCUGUACGACCCAUGACGUAGUCUUACAGACUGGUCCGAAUAACCACUGGAAGUACUGUUGCAAUAUCAAUCUUUGAAGGACAUUCCUAAAACGAAGAUGGCUGCUGUCUUCCAUGAGAUGUCCGCACCCACUCCAUCUGUCGUAUUUGUUUCAGAGAGCAACGUUGGGAGCUCUCACUUGACAAAACGAAGACUUUAUUAUUUAUCACGUAGUUGAUGCUUUGCGAUGAAUGUGACAAUUUCCUUUCCUUGAUUUUGGGAGGGCUGUAAAGAUCCAUAGAUACUUGAUAUCAUUGUGCAAUGUAGUAGAUUGAUAUCCUAUCAGCUGCUAGGAUGGAUGUGUACAUACAGGCUGUUCUAUAGAGCGUAGUGUGGCCAAUUGGACAAUUCAUUUGUCAGAAAACAAAUAUAAUUGAAAGUUCUAUUUAUGCCUUUUAAGAAAAGAAAAAAAGCGGAGAGGACUAUUUUUAUCUGGAUGUGCCAGUCUUGUCACAUUUUACUGUAUUUAUUAAGAUGGAAGAAUGAGUAUUUUCUGGGAUAUUUUAUCUGAAAGGCUUAAGCUUUACCUUUUAAAGACCAUAGACUCAGCAGAGGAUGCCGACAGACUUUGCUUACUUCCUACCUGUAUGUUACGGGUUUUCACCUGACUACUGCCGUCUGUUGCACACGUCUUACACUGGAAUAUAAGAACACUUACAGAAAGCCUGGUAUUAUACCGCUUCUCCAAUGAGAAUGUAAUUGAGAUGAUUUUACUCUCCAAACAGAAAAAUGGCCUUCCAAAUCGGAUGGAAUAAACCUUAAAACUUUUUGUUAAA